AUGACGCGCUUUAUUAGCCUUUUUGUCUUUUAUUUCUCUGGGUUUUUAAUGGGGGUACAAGGCACGUAUGGCCCAUACAUACGGAACCAGAACCAGCUGUACGUGGACCGCCAGAGAUCUCACUUCCCUCCUAAUAUGCCUGGACAGGGGAACUCUAUUAAUUUUGGAGCUCAUGGCUUUAAUCACAGGUUUCAUGGCUAUCAUCAUCAUCAUCCUCACCAUCAUCAGCAGCGGCCACCCUGGAAAGGGCCUCCUUUUAAUUACCACCAUCCUGUUUUACCUGUCCAACCCAUCUCACCUGUCUUACCCGUUCGACCCAUCUCACCUGUCAUACCCAUCCGACCCAUCUCACCUGUCCAAACCGUUGUGCCAACAACACCCAGAACACCAGUGACAUCACCUGCCCCAACAGUGCCCAUGCCACCACUCACCACGGUAGCCACCUUUCCCCCACCUCCUCCAACACAGAGUACAACCACUCAUCCACCGGUCAGUACCACUCGUGCCACAACUGCCCCUGCUGAACCUCCCACGGUCCCAGCUCCAGCCGAACUCUGCAAGAGCCGGCCGCUGGACCUGGUCUUCAUAAUUGACAGUUCUCGUAGCGUUCGCCCUGCCGAGUUUGAGAAGGUGAAAAUAUUCCUUUCCGAUAUGGUUAACUCGCUGGAUAUUGGCUCAGAUGCCACGCGAGCGGCCCUGGUCAACUACGCCAGUACUGUCAAGAUUGAGUUCCUCCUGAAAAAGUACUUCAGCAAAGCAGACAUCAAGCAAGCUUUGUCCCGUAUUGAUCCGCUCUCUACAGGAACCAUGACUGGCUUGGCCAUCAAAACUGCCAUGGAGCAGGUUUUUACAGAAGAAGCAGGGAUGCGGCCACAGAAGAAGAACAUCCCUAAGGUGGCCAUCAUUGUGACCGAUGGGAGACCGCAGGAUAAAGUGGAAGAGGUGGCAGCAGCUGCAAGGACUUCUGGGAUUGAAAUAUAUGCCAUUGGAGUGGAUAGAGCAGAAAUGCGGUCUCUUAAAUUUAUGGCAAGCCAGCCUAUGGAAGAUCAUGUGUUCUAUGUGGAAACAUAUGGCGUAAUCGAGAAACUCACAUCCAAGUUCAGGGAGUCUCUCUGUGGAUUCGAUGCUUGUGCACUUGGGCACAACUGCGAACAUUUUUGUGUCAACAACAAUGCUUCUUAUUUCUGCAAGUGCAGGGAGGGAUAUGUCCUCAACUCAGAUAAGAAAACAUGCGCUAAGCAGACAAACGAGGAGGCGAGAGGGGGUUUAUCAGAGAAUCCCUGCAUGUGUGAAGCUCAGAUCGCAUUUCAGAAGAAGGUCCACAACAGCAUACAGCAGCUUACCAGCAAACUGGAUGACAUCACAAACAGGGUGCAACAGUUUGAUAUCCGUCGGGAAUAGAAGAUGGGAUUCAUAACUAUAAUAUAAAAGUCAAUUAAUCUCACUUAAGAUGCCUAGUGCAUCAAGAAUAAACCUUUCGUUUUAUUUAAUCUGUUAGUUUAGUUUUAUUUGUAGUGCUUAAAAUUAUAUUUAAAAUUUCAUUAUGGUAUAUUUAUAUAUUAUAUAUUCACGUUAAGUUUGAAAUGUUUUCUUGUGGAAAUGUAAUUUUAUUUUGAAAAGGUUGACAAUCAAACAUGUUACCUUUGCUUGUUUUAUAGCAAAAUGUAAAGUGUGUGCAUAGUGUCCUUUGUAUGAUAUUGUUUAUUAUGGAUGCCUGUACAAAUAUGUAUG